AGAGAGAGAGAGAGAGAGAGAGAGAGAGAGAGAGAGAGAGAGAGAGAGAGAGAGAGUAAGCACUCUGCUGUGAUACAUACAAAAGGAGACUCUUAACAAAAGCUGUAACAAGAAAGUUUUGUUCAACUAAGUUCAUCAUGGAAGGAGUUGAUAUUUCUUCGAUGAAAUCGAUCACUCGGCCAGAAGUUUUUGAAUUCGAGGGCAUUUCUAUGGUUCAUUUCUUCACUGACAAUUGGGAGAAAGUUCAGAACUUCCAGGCCAGACCAGAUGACAUCCUGGUUGCUACUUACCCCAAAGCAGGGACCACCUGGGCCUCCUAUAUCUUGGACCUUCUUUAUUUUGGCAAUGUAGCACCCGAACGUCAGACCUCCUUGCCCAUCUUCUCCAGAGUGCCUUUCCUUGAGUCAAUCUUUCCUGGGUUCCCAGCAGGGGUUGAACUAGCAGAUAAUUUACCCACCACACCACGACUCAUCAAAACUCAUCUCCCUGUUCAGUUGGUGCCCAAGUCCUUCUGGGAACAGAACUGCAAGGUUGUGUAUAUAGCACGCAAUGCCAAAGACAAUGCUGUGUCUUAUUUCCACUUUGAGCGCAUGAACGUAGGGCAACCUGAGCCAGGAGACUGGAACAACUUUCUUCAGAACUUCAUGGAAGGAAAGAAGGUGUUUGGUCCUUGGUAUGAUCAUGUGUGUGGCUACUGGGAGAAGAAGCAGACCUACUCUAAUCUUCACUACAUGUUCUUCGAGGAUAUGGUGGAGGACACAGGGCGUGAGGUGGAGCGAUUGUGCUCCUUCCUUGGGUUAUCUACACCAAUAGAAGAGAGGGAGAGGGUUUCACAAAGCACUCAUUUUGAUAAAAUGAAGGAAAACAAGAUGACCAACUAUUCUACAGUCCCAGUCAUGGAUUUUAAAAUCUCGCCGUUCAUGCGCAAAGGUAAAGUCGGUGACUGGAAGAAUCACUUCACCGUGGCUCAGAAUGAACAGUUUGAUGAACACUACAAGCAGAAGAUGAAGAACACAUCUUUACAGUUCCGCACAGAGAUUUAAGACACUUCUGAUUUUAAAAUGUUAACUCAAUUCAUUCAUCGGCAAUCUCUUCCGGGAUCAUUGCAACAUUUAGCACAUACUGUAAACAAUAUUAUGAGAUUUUUUCUCUUUUUUUACCAUAUUGAAUCAAAUAAAUUUUUUGGUAUA